AAUACGGGAGCACUGUUUCAUGCUCAUACUUCCAAAAGGACAAGGAAACUGUAUCACCUGGACCGAAACAAACUCUUACACUUGGAGAAAGAAUUGUGGACUGAAAUAAACACACAAGCGUGAAAGAAUAUAAGAAGAAAAGUGUUCGAAUACCGACCCUCGGGGGUAAAUUAGAGCGAGAACACAUGUGCUUAUGACUUGAGGACAUCACACUGUUUCUGAGAAACUCAUCACAGAUGUAGAAGUAAUAAUAGCCCCAGACCACACCAGGAGACCGCAGUCACGGUCUUCAUGUGAGCUUAACCCCUGUAAAAAAGAAGGAAAACCCUAGGGGAACAAUAAUGCAUUUUCUUUUGUAAUGACGUUCUAUUUAUUACAUUUGAAGCUAAAGUCAAACCAAACUUGGUUUGUUUUCCAAUACCCUACUACAAAAAUAAAGGGUGAAAAAACACAUUCAUCGCACAGCCAAAACAAAGACCUUUGGAAUAUUUCAGAACGACAAGGUGCCGCUUCUUCUACUAGUUUGGAUCUUUAAGACCCCGGAACUAAGCCGGCAUGGGUUGUUUCUGUGCUGCUCAAGAGGAGUUUUACUGCGAAGUUCUCCUUUUGGAUGAAACCAAGUUGACAUUAACCACCCAGCAGCAGGGGAUAAAGAAGUCAACGAAGGGGUUGGUUGUCCUGGACUACGUAUUCAGUCAUGUAAACUUGGCGGAGACAGAUUACUUUGGACUGCGUUUUUGUGACAGGAGUCAUCAGACGUAUUGGCUGGACCCUGCAAAGACCCUUGCUGAGCACAAAGAGUUAAUAAACACAGGACCACCCUAUACUCUGUACUUUGGUGUAAAAUUUUAUGCAGAUGACCCCUGUAAACUUAAAGAAGAAAUAACGAGGUAUCAGUUUCUCCUGCAAGUCAAACAAGAUGUCCUUCAAGGCCGCCUGCCCUGCCCUUUCAAUAUCGCGGCACAACUGGGUGCUUAUGCCAUCCAGUCUGAACUUGGAGAUUAUGAUCCCUAUAAACACACAGCAGGCUAUGUCUCAGAAUAUCGCUUUGUCCCAGAUCAGAAAGAGGAACUCGAGGAAGCAAUUGAACGGAUUCACAAAACUAUAACAGGUCAAGUUCCUGCAGAGGCUGAGGCUCAUUAUUUAAGAGUCGCUAAAACACUGGAUAUGUAUGGAGUGGACCUCCACCCUGUCUUUGGAGAAAACCAGUCCGAAUAUUUUUUAGGGUUAACACCAAUCGGAGUUGUUGUGUACAAGAAUAAAAAUCAAGUGGGAAAGUAUUUCUGGCCAAGAAUUACAAAGGUUCAUUUCAAGGAAACGCAGUUUGAACUCCGGGUGCUGGGAAAAGAUUGCAAUGAGACAUCUUUCUUUUUUGAAGCACCAAAUAAAACAGCUUGUAAACACCUCUGGAAAUGCUGUGUAGAAUACCACACAUUCUUUAGAAUGCCAGAACAUGAUUCCAACUCCUUGACAAGAAAGUUAACAAAGUUUGGUUCCCUUGGAUCGAAACAUCGAUACAGCGGGAAGACAGCUGUGCAAAUGAGCAGACAUCAGUCUAUUGAGCUGCCACGGCCAGACUUACAAGUACAAAGAACUCGCAGCAAAACAUACCCAAAAAGGACUGCUCAGACUCAACAAGCAGGACUUAACAAUGGGAAUCGAACUGACACAAAGACUGAGAACGGAAAAAGCGAAGCAACUACUAAGAUUAUUGCCCCUUCUCCAGUAAAAAGUUCAAAAAUAACAAAACCAGACAGCAGUCCUGAAACACAGCGUAGGAAAACCAGUGCACCCUGGGAUGAGAACGGGCCACAGAGUGGUUUAUAUAAUUCUCCAAAUGAGCGAAACAAAUCACCCAAAUUUCCAAACCCACGAAGACGGACCCCUUCUGGUGGAAAUGAAAAUGAAGCUGUGCAGCCUGCGAGACGAAGGAAAGGCCAAAAUAAUGAUGAUACAGAUUUAAAACACAGAAGAAGGUCACGUUCCCGUGGAAACACCAGCAGCGGGAGUGAGUCAGAAAAUUCCAACAGGGAUCAUCGAAAAAAAAGAAAUAGGUCACGCCAGGAAAAUGAAAUGGUGGAUUCAGCGCCUCAGUGGGAAGCUGUGUUGCGACAGCAGAAGGAGAGGUCUCAGAAUGACCCGAACUACAGGCGUUCCAGACACCGGUCACGAUCGAGAAGCCCUGAUGUUCAAGCUAAAGAAGAACUAUGGAAACAUAUUAAGAAAGAACUUGUAGAUCCAUCUGGUUUAACUGAAGAGCAGUUAAAGGAAAUCCCUUACAAGAAAGUAGAAACCCAAGGUGACCCUGUCAAGAUCAGACACUCCCAUUCACCGAGGAGCUUCCGACAGCACAGGCGCUCCCAGUGCUCUGACGGAGAGAGAUCUGUGCUUUCAGAAGUAAACUCAAGGACUGACCUGGUUCCUCCAUUACCUGUUACUCACACGGCUGAUUCCCAGGGCCUCAGAGGUCCUCCCUCCCAACAGAAGAAAAAUGGAUCUAAAGAUAACCUUUCAGAAGGCACUGAGCUGGAUGUAAAAUGCAGCACAAAGGUUGUGAAAAUAGUUCACACAGCAAGGCUGAAAGCAGAAACGUGACCUCCACCCAUAUCCUACCUGAGGAGUAUUUAAAACACAUCUGAUGUUGCUUGAAACCGAAAAUGUGAAUGUUACCAGGAUCCCGUCUCUACCGCAAUCCCAGGGAGGAGUUAAAUUAAACAAAUUGUAAAUAAGAGGCUUUAACACCGCCGUUCAUCACGUUAUUGAACAUUUUAUUUCACUGGUUCUUCAGCAAACUGUUGAUCUAUACAUCUGAUUCUUGCAUGGUAAUAGAGGACAUUUAAGAGCCAGUUAUUUCAAUGUUUUUGGCUGCUUCACCAUUCCAUGGAUAUUUUCCUGGCAAGUUUAUUCUAAUUUGUUGACAGUGGAUACAAGAAUAAACAGGACCACUUUAAUGUUGCGUAUGUGCCGUUACCUCCAAGCUCAUUGACCUCCAUUUUAUACAGUAUUUAACUGUGUGUACCUAGUAGCUACGUAAAAUAAACUUGUACAUUUGUAAUGUGUUUAUUUUUCCUGUGUUAAGGAUCUAGUUAUAAGUUCCCUUACUUUUUGUGAUGAAUUUUAAGCAUCCCAGUGGAGAGCUUGAAUGAGUCCAGAACUCCCUGCUGCCUCCAACUGCUAGUAUCUCAUAAACCGCUUCAAUGUCAAAUUUUCAGCUGAAAAAUCGAAUGGUAGAUUUCAUUCUGACCUUUGACUUAAGACAACUGCUGUAUGUGACUUUUAGCGUCUCAAAUAAUAAGACCAACAGAUUCGAUAGACUGCUUUCAUAUUUGGUGCAUUUCAAUCACGGUUACAAAACAGUAAAUAACCCUUAUGUGCCAUUCAUUUCACAAAGCUGCCAUUGUAACAGCCUCAUAUUUGCAGUUAUAUAAUGUGUUGGUGACCAUGACAUUGUCCUACUUGAAAUCACGUGACUUUUUGUUAUGUAGUGGCAGUACACUUUGAGUUAAUGUCUUUGUCAGGUACAGUUGUAUCAUUUGAUUUUCUCAAUUGAGUUGAAUUACUGUUGUCCAGUUAAAAAUAACCCUACUGAUGUAACCUCUGGCCAUAUCAAUGAUACAGACCACAUCAUUUGACAGUGUCUGUAUUGUUAGUACACAGCUCUAGAUCAUUACUUUAAAUUAAGUUCAAUUACAAGUGCUGUAUUGUUUUAUCCUUUGGUCACAUCAAUGACACAGAUCACUCACUUUCAGUGUCUUUACAGUUGUUGCAUAAUGAUUCUGUAGUUUUUUCCACUAUAAAUGAACCCUGUCAUAUUGUUUUGACCUCUGGACAUACAAAUGAUUGAGAUGCUUUGUUUUUGAACUCCUAUUUUUUGUUCUGUCUUUUUGCAAUGAUCAACAACCAGGACUAAUUUAUCCAGUUUACACUUAUUUCUCUCCACACUUUUAAACUUUCUUGUAAGUUUCACAUUUCUAUUGUGCAGUGCUGGUUGUAACGUGAUAACCCAAGACAAUGUCUCUCAAUGUGCUACUGUUGGACAGAAACCAUGGAAGACACAGUACAGAAUGGAAACUUGGACAAUUGUAUGUAAAAACAUUAAAAUAAAAGUAAAACCUGUUUCCUUUUUAAGCUACAACAAAGACU